AUUUGAUUAUAAUUGAUCCAACUUGAAUCCAAUAAAUACAUACGAAGGAUUUUAUUCGCAGCUGUUUAUGAAAUACAAAAAGUGUAAUAAAUAAAGUGACAUAGAAGUUGUAAAAGGUUAAAAUGCAUUCUGUUACUAAACUGAUCUUAGUGUUGCAUUUGCUUCCAAGAGCAGUCGUUGGUAUCGAUCUAACGUGUGAAAGCGUUAAUCCUUUGAUACCAUCUGAUGUGACAUGUGCAUGUAAAAAUGCACCGGGAACAGACAUCGACUGGUUGAUUGAUGAUGGCUUAAAUUCAAACUGUGUAUUGUCUUCAAUAUGCGCACCCCAGUACAGUGGGUACCGAUACUCGAUGAACAUGACUGAAAAUGUUUAUAAGAUGACAAUAAAUUCAUAUAAUUAUUCUGACUGCACAAAAAUUGCCUGCAAAGACCCGAGCGAUGGAAGCAUAAUGCGGUCGAUGGUACCUUCUUCUAUAAUUUUCGAUACGACUUUCCCAACAUCAAUGACAGAGCCAGGGUCGAACAAUAGCAACGGUAUUAUAUCUGUGACAACUGGUUGUAUUUCUGGUUUCUCGGACGUGGAGUCUGAUUGGUAUAUCAUUGUAGACGGAUUGGAAGAAAGAUAUUAUACAAGCUUUAUCAACAAGACAGACCACUCAUCGUGUUUAAAUUGCGACACUGAUGUUAAUGGACAGAGAACAAUUGGAUUUGAGCAUAGUGAGGCAUCUGGAAAUGGAACUAAAACCGGUCGUUUUAAAGUGUACUUGUAUCAUGUUUCAACAAAUUUGCAAUUAACAUUAACAUCAAGAUAUUAUUACACAGUAAAAGUGUGUCUGAAGGAUUUGCCUAUCAACAAGUGA